UCUUUUCUUUCCUCUGAUCCUCUCUGAUCUUUUUCUUCAUCAUCUUAAUACCUCUUUCUAUUUCUCUCUUCCUCUAAUUCCACUCACAUUUCCCUUCUUUCUUAACAAAAUUCUAAUCUCUUCUUCCCUCCCCACUGAGUUUGACAAAACAAAACUUUUAAACUCUUCUUUCAAAGUUACGUUUUUUUUUUCCUCUUCCCCGGAUCUCAUCCACCGGAAGAAGAGGAAAAGAUUCCUUCCACCAUUUGCCGCCGCGGGUUUUUCCCGCCAUUAUUUGACCGGAAAAAAAAUGGAGAGAGUGAAUCUGGGAGGUUUGGGUUACGAUAAUGGCGGAGUCAUGAUGACUAGAGAUCCUAAACCUAGGCUGAGAUGGACCGCCGAUCUUCACGAUCGCUUCGUCGACGCCGUCGCUAAGCUCGGUGGCGCUGACAAAGCAACGCCGAAGUCGGUUCUGAAGCUGAUGGGAUUAAAAGGCUUGACACUGUACCAUCUCAAGAGCCAUUUACAGAAGUAUAGACUUGGUCAACAACAAGGGAAAAAACAAAAUCGAUCAGACCAAAACAAGGAAAAUGCUGGAAGUUCAUAUGUGCAUUUCGACAAUUGUUCUCAAGGUGGAAUCUCUAAUGAAUCAAGAUUUGAUAGUGGCCAUCAUAGACAAAGCGGGAAUGUACCUUUCGCAGAGGCAAUGAGACAUCAGGUUGAUGCGCAACAACGGUUUCAAGAACAGCUCGAGGUGCAGAAAAGACUGCAGAUGAGAAUGGAGGCACAAGGAAAGUACCUGUUGACAUUACUAGAGAAAGCACAGAAGAGCAUACCUUGUGGUAAUGCAGCAGAAACAGACAAGGGCCAGUUCUCGGAUUUCAACCUCGCACUUUCGGGACUUGUAGGAGAUGAUCAUAAGAGCCAAAAGGCGGUGGGUUUGGUUACCAAUAUCUUACACCUUAAUGGUGAUUCCUCCGAAGAUUUUCGGUUAUGCGGAGAACAAGAGAAGAUAGAAACCGGAGACGCAGGUGUUAAACCAGAAUCCGGAUUUGUGCAUUUCGAUUUGAACUCCAAAAGUGGGUUUGAUCUCUUGAAUUCUGGUAACUAUGGGAUUGAAAUGAAGCCAAAUGUGAUUGCAAAUAGACAUCCUUAGGUAACAGAGGCAGUUUCUUUUAUUUUACGUCUUCUUCUUCUUUUGCUUAUAGAAUGUUUACAAAUUUACUUCAUGUUAUUUUGCUCAGUGGCAUUGAGUUUUCUGAAAGUAUAGAAUAUAUUUUAGAGAAGAAGAGAUAUUUCAUAUU